GCAGCUAUAAUAUUCUAUGAAUAUAUACUCACACUAUCCGACGAGGUCUCCCUUGUUUGGUCCGGCCACCUGACAAUUACCAACGUGCUCUUCGUGGCAAACAGAUAUUUUCUCUUGUCACUGGGAUUUGCGAAUGUUAUGGAGUCAUUGUACUGGUCCUCCUCGCAAGUAAGAUUCCAAGCUAUUCUCAUUUGCAUUUCGCUUACUCUUCCAAGGGGUGAUUUAUUCUGGUGCUUAUAUAUCAUAUUCCGAAUGGUAGUAACGAUAUUACCCAAAGGGAUUUCUGCUUUGCGAGUCUAUGCAAUCGGCGGCCAUCUGAUGAUACUUCCUACAUUCGUAUUAGCAUUCGGAUUGGUUCCGGCGAUCUGUAACAUCGUCAGUUCACACUUAAUGCCUCUUGUCAUUUUGAUAUUUGUGUCCCGUUUGUGUCCACUGGCGUCCGACAUGAUCGUCCUCGUAGUCACCUGGGUCAACACGUACAAAAUCGCCAGACAAGCUCGCGCGGUAAAGGGAACAGCUUCAUUGGCCGUCUUUCUGCUACGUGAUGGUGUGUUCGAUGUCCUUAUAUUGCCACAAUAUGAUUAA